AUGGACGCACAUGCUAUAAAGACUGAAAAGGUGAAAGUCUUGAUAGUCAAGUUAGAGAAUUCUGAAAAACGAGUCAAUGAUCUACUAUUUGAGAAAGAAGCUAUGAAAAGUUGUAUAAUAGAUUUCUAUGGACUGCUUUCAGAUAUUAUUGAGACUCAUGACUCAAUGAUCACGAUAACGGUCAAGAAGCUUCUCUCUGAGAAACUCAAGCCUGUGUUUACCAUGCUCAAUCGCCUGGAAGAACCGAAAAUCGAUAAUAGUGAAGAUGAAGGGCCUAAUGAAAAUGAGCUGAAAAGAAGAAAAGAACGUGAAGCUCAGAUAAAUGAGCAUCAAAGAAUAGUUCGCAAGGCUGAAGAAAAGGAAAACGCUAAACGCGAAGCUCAGGCCAUGCUGGAAAGCCGAAAGCGCUUUUUUCUAGUAUGGACCUUGAAUCGAAUCAUGAGUAAAGUUGUUGAUAUGCCAAGUCAGUAG